AUGAUUAUACAUCAUACAGAUUGCUCAGCUGAGCUCUUUUCCAACGCGGAAGUUUCUCAGGCGUUGAUUGGGCGUGUUCCAGAUGCCAGUGAUAUCGUUGAGGGCCUUGGACUUCCCGGAUAUAAUGAUCUAGAGCGCAGCGUUCAAGAGGACGUGCAGCUUGUCAAACAGUCACAACUUGUUCGCAAAGCGCUUGCUGACCGAACUCGAGGGUUUAUUUAUGAUCUUAAGUCUGGGGAGGUUCGGCCAGUAUCGGAUAGAAGCGCAGCUUGA